UUUUGCAAUGUGGCGAACUUAUUCACUCGAAUGUAUCCACCAACACUUGUUUCUGAAAUACUGAAUGCGUAUAUUUCUGCUGAUAUAAUUAAACAUUUUCACGGAUUAUAGGCGAGACUAAUCUAUUUUACAUGAAUGUUUAGUAAAAAAAAUAUUUAUUGACGUAAUAACAUUUAUGUUAGCGUUCGUGAUGUGGUACUCUAUGUAAACAGCGCGAGUUUGCAGCAGUCUCGACGAUAUACCACCAAAGAACGCUAUGCCGAAAGAAGAACCGAAAUAGCUCCGUGAAGAUUUUGGCAUUUCUGUUGAGGUUAUCAGUAAAAAAUGUUGCGAAUAUGCAAAACGAUUGUAUCUCGUAACUUUCUACAACCAAGAGCGUUAAUUGCAUCUCCACCGGUAGCGGGAGCGAAACAAAAACAGUCAAUUGAGGAGAAAUUAGGUUUUCCGUCGAAACCUAAGCGACCACUUACCCCUUACAUGAGAUUUUUGGCGAAAGUGCGACCUUUGAUUGCUCAAAAACAUCCAGAAGCGAAGGUGCCAGAGAUAGCUAAACUUGGAGGGGAACACUGGGCUAAAGCAGAACCAUCCCUGAAGCAACAAUUGGAGGAAGAAUAUAGAAAGGAAUUUCAUGUUUACAGGAAACAGAUGGGAGAUUAUGAAAACUCCCUUACCGAAGAACAAAAAGAGCAAAUUACUAAGGCUCAGGAUGAUGCUGAAGAAGCCAAAGAAAGGAGAAAGUUGCGAAGGAAAAUGAAAGAUUUAGGAAAACCAAAACGUCCCCUCACAGCCUAUAUGAUUUAUUUACGUGAUAACUCUAGAAAGGAAACUGAGUCAUAUCGGGAUUUUCAAGUACGUGUAGCCAAACAAUGGGAACAAGAAGAUGAGAAAGUAAAAGCAAACUACACAAAUAACUUCAAUAAACAGAUGGAAGUGUACCGACGUGAAUUGCAGGAGUGGGAAGAAAAGAUGAUUCGCUUGGGAAAUAUUGACGUUGUUCGAAACGAAGUUUUGAUAGAGCCACGGCAAAGUCCAAUUAAAGAGGUGCCUUAUGAACAGAAUGGUUCUAAUGAGCAGACCGUCUCUGAAGUUACGACAAGGCCACCUCAGUUCUGGGACACUGGGCAGAAACAAAAUCGGAGUGAUGUUCCUGCCAAGCAAGAACUUGUUCCUGUAGUAGAGACUGAUGUAAAAACGGAACGUCUUCCCAAAUCCAAGCAACGUUCUGAAGAAAACUCGAAAGUCACCAAAAAGGAAGAGUAUCACAGAGUAGAACAUCCCACACCUGCUGAAGAUUCUUUUACUCGCAAAACAUUGCCUUUAAUUAUCAGUGGUAUAUUUGUAGAACUUUGGAUUUUUGUAUAUGAAUUAAUGGAAUAUAUUGUAAUGCUGUGCGACACCACUUUCAAAAAGUGAGACAUCAGCCCCACAACUCAUCUUGUUCAUCUAAGUUGAUCUGGUAUUUUAUAGGUUUAACUCUUUGAACGGAAUGAAUAAAUAUUUGAUAUGUACACA